ACAAAUAUAUUUUUAGCUUAGUACUUGCGCUAUAUUUCGAUCAGCAUGAUGCACAGUCUGUUACCGAUAUUGGCCGGACUAAUCCGCGUUGGAUGCAACGAUAGCUAUUCUGACUUUUGUCGAUACGUGGUUUCUCUCGAUUAAUCAUUUGGACGAGGACCAAUCUCCAGUCUCCCCACGAGGCACACACCACUCGAUCGCCCCCUCGGCUCUAUAAGAAUAACAAUUCUGUUUCAAACCAAAUUAAAGAUCGGGCGAGCUCAGAUUCUGAUCUCACUAUUCCAUCUCUCUCCAUGAUCAUGAAGUUUCAGCAAUGGAUCAUGGUCAUCGGCGUAAUCUGUACGUCGUUCUUCCAAACCCUCAUUCCAGUGGAGUCUCUUCCCGUAGCUCACAAAAUCAAAAGUCUGCCUGGCCAGCCACAGGUCACUUUCCAACAAUUUGCUGGUUUCAUCACCAUUGAUGAACAGCAACAGAGGGCUCUUUUUUACUACUUUGUUGAAGCUGAAGGAAACCCUGCCUCAAAGCCUCUUGUUCUCUGGCUAAAUGGAGGGCCUGGUUGUUCAUCUAUUGGAGCUGGAGCUUUUAUUGAGCACGGACCCUUUAGACCAAGUGGAAAUAAUCUUGUCAAGAACGAGUAUAGUUGGAAUAAAGAGGCAAAUAUGCUGUACCUGGAGUCACCAGCUGGAGUUGGUUUUUCUUACUCAUCUAAUGAAUCAUUUUACAGCUAUGUGGACGAUGAGAUUACAGGUGAAUUACAGCUACGAGAGGAUGUUUAUCAAAUAACAAGCUUAGACAUGCAUAGACAUUUCGAAACUGACACUUGGGUCUGCUUUUCUUCAGCACAUGACAGUCUCUUGUUCCUGAAACUCUGGUUUGCCAAGUUUCCAGAAUACCAAAACAGAGAUUUUUUUAUCGCAGGAGAGAGCUAUGGCGGUCAUUAUGUUCCACAACUUGCACAUCUCAUUGUUCACUCCAAUGUGAAGUUCAAAUUGAAGGGGAUCGCUAUAGGGAAUCCUCUUCUGGAAUUCGCCACUGAUUUCAAUGCGCCGGACGAGUAUUACUGGUCUCAUGGCUUGAUAUCUGAUGCUGUUUAUAGCCUUCUCCGUAAAUAUUGCAACAGUUCUCAGAUAAUACGAGAGGCCAUAAAUGGCUUUCUCUCUCCCGCCUGUGCUGCUGUAUAUACCCAACGUUCAAGAGAACUUUCUCGGUCAAUCGAUACAUACUAUGUCAUUGGUGAUGUUUGUGUGCAGGCACCUGGUCAAUCUCAGGUGGAGGCUCUGUAUCACCCUCUAAAAUCUAGAUUUGAGACUUUGUCAUAUUUUCAUUCACUCUCAGAUGCUUCCAGUCAACAGCCAGUUAGGCAGAGCAAGGAAGAUGUCUGCGCUCAAGAAAAUACAGCCAAGUAUUUGAACAGGAAAGAUGUGCAGCAGGCUCUCCAUGCCCGGCUCGUUGGAGUCCCAAAAUGGGUUUUAUGCAGCAAGGUUCCAAAAUAUGAUGCCAGAGACCGAGAGAUACCUACGAUUCCUGUCGUAGGAUCACUUGUCAGGUCUGGCAUCCGGGCAUUGGUUUACAGUGGAGAUCAGGAUUCAGUUAUCCCAUUUACCGGGACUCGGACACUCGUGCAUGGAUUAGCAAUGGAGUUGGGACUGAAAACAACUGUACCUUACAGAGCUUGGUUUGAAGGAAAACAGGUCGGUGGUUGGACACAGGUAUAUGGAAAGAUGGAGCUAUCCUUUGCCAGCAUAAGAGGAGCUUCUCACACAGCUCCUGCCUCUCAACCAGAGAGAUCAUUAAAGCUCUUUAAGGGGUUUAUUGCAGGCAAAGCACUGCCAGCAACAUGAUCAAAUACUAAAAGAGACAUCUUUACUCUCACUAAUAAUUAUAUUAAGUUCUAAUAAGAGCUGAUCAUUGUUGUUGUAUGGCGGAUGCAUGUAAUAUUACUAUUGAGGAAUGCUUCGUCCACCGGUGGAAUCCACCAAUGGUUUUUAUUAUUAU